UGAAAACCAUAGGAACGUGGUCUCUCUGGGUAAUAAUGGGCAGGAGAAUGAAGAUUCCUGUGAACUGUUCCAAGUGAUCAGUCCUAAAGAUGGAAUGGAGAAGUUUGGAAUUCGAACAGAAUUUGAAAACCAUGAGAGAAACCAGUCAAUGAAUUUGAAUCUGGAAAGCUCAACUUCGAUUGAUGCUCCGAUUCAAGACAUUCGUGCCAAACAAGAGAAAAUAAGGAAAAAAUAUACUGGAAAAAGUGUGAAGCUAAUCAAAGCUAAAGUACAAGUAAAUGAACACCAUUUAACCCAAAACAAAGGAGAAGAUGCUAUAAGAAGAAACAACAGACAAAAUUACAAUGGGACAUUCAUUCUUCCUCUUGGGAAUAACUUCCUUACAUCUCAAAAACUGAUUGGUACAACAGAAAAGCCUUAUAAAUGUUUGGAAUGUGCAAAAUGUUUUAGAACAAGCAUUCAACUUACUAUCCAUAAAAGGAUCCACACAGGAGAGAAACCAUAUAAAUGCGUAGAGUGUGGAAAGACUUUUGCUUAUAGUAGUACACUUACUUCCCAUGAAAGGAUCCACACAGGGGAGAAGCUGUUUAAAUGCAUGGAGUGUGGAAAGAUGUUUGCUCAUAACAGUGAGCUAAAAAUACACAACAGGAUCCACACGGGGGAGAAGCCAUUUAAGUGCAUGGAGUGUGGAAAGACCUUUGCUCAAAAAUGUAAUCUUAUUUCCCAUAAGAUAAUCCACACAGGGGAGAAGCCAUAUAAAUGCAUGGAGUGUGGAAAGACCUUUGCUUAUAGUAGUGGCCUUAGUGGCCACAAAAAGGUCCACUCAGGAGAGAAACCAUAUAAAUGCAUGGAAUGUGGAAAGACCUUUGCUCUGAGUAGUGCACUUACUUCCCAUGAAAGGAUCCACUCAGGAGAGAAGCCGUAUAAAUGCAUGGAGUGUGGAAAGACCUUUGCUUAUCGCAAAACGCUUACUUCCCAUGAAAGGAUCCACACAGGGGAGAAGCCAUAUAAAUGCAUGGAGUGUGGAAAGACCUUUGCUUAUCGCAAAACGCUUACUUCCCAUGAAAGGAUCCACGCAGAGGAGAAACCAUAUAAAUGUAUAGUGUGUGGAAAGACCUUUGCUCAUAGCAAUUCACUUACUUCCCAUGAAAGGAUCCACACAGGGGAGAAACCAUAUAAAUGCACAGAAUGUGGAAAGACCUUUGCUCAUAGCAAUUCACUUACUUCCCAUGAAAGGAUCCACACAGGGGAGAAACCAUGUAAAUGCAUAGUGUGUGGAAAGACCUUUGCUCGGAAACGUAAUCUUAUUUUGCAUAAGAUGAUCCACACAGGGGAGAAACCGUAUAAAUGCAUGGAGUGUGGAAAGACCUUUACUGAGAGCUGUGGACUUAGAAGACACAAAAAGAUCCACUCAGGAGAGAAGCCAUUUAAAUGCACAGAAUGUGGAAAGACCUUUGCUCAUAGAUGUAAUCUUAUUUCCCAUAACAUAAUUCACACCAGGGAGAAGCCGUAUAAAUGCAUGGCAUGUGGAAAGACCUUUCCUCAUAGCAAAACUCUUACUUUCCAUGAAAGGAUCCACACAGGGGAGAAACCAUAUAAAUGCAUAGUGUGUGGAAAGACCUUUGCUCGUAGCAAUGCACUUACUUCCCAUGAAAGGAUCCACACAGGGGAGAAACCAUAUAAAUGCACAGAAUGUGGAAAGGCCUUUGCUCAUAGAUAUAAACUUAUUUCCCAUGAAAGGAUCCACACAGAGGAAAAACCAUAUAAAUGUAUAGUGUAUGGAAAGACCUUUUCUCAUAGCAAUACACUUACUUCCAAUGAAAGGAACCACAUGGGAGACGCCAUAUAGAUGCAUGGAAAUAAUUUUUCUCAGAAUGGUCAUCUUCUCAGAAAAGGAUCCACACUCGGGAGAAACUAUAGCAAUAGCAAUUCCACUUAGACUUAUAUACCACUCCACAAUGUUUUACUACACACUCUUGAGCAGUUUACAAAGUCAGCUUAUUGUCCCCAGCAAUCUGGGUCCUCAUUUUAUCUACCUCAGAAGGAUGAAAGACUGAAUCAACCAUGAGCUGGUCAGGAUCGAACUUCUGGCUGUGGGCAAUUAGCCUGUAGUACUGCAUUCUAACCAUGUGUCUAUAGAUUUGUGUGUAUGCAUAUUGUGCCUUUCUGACCCAAAUGGGACAAGGAUGAAUCCAACAAAAUGAAACUUAAUAUGGAGAAAAGAAAGAUUUUAUACCUGGGCAGGAAAAACAGAUUACAUGAAACCUGCUGUCAGGGUUCCAAUCGAUGCCCUAAUUAAAUCAUGAACCUCGAGACAAGCUUCAAAACAAAUCCAGUUAUUUAUUAGAAGGUUCAUGUUGGCACAUUUCAAGCGAAGCCAACUCUGACCCCAAGUAAUUUAUGUUCCAGCUCUGACCCUGGUUCCCCCCUCCCCCCAA